AUGGCCAAUAAUCGACCUGCGUCAAUGAUAGUUUCAUCUAAUGUACUGGAUGAAACAAAUACAAAUGGAUCGAAAAAUAUUUUACAAAAAAAUAAUUCUAAUGUAGUACGUUCAUCGAAUCAACAAAAACUUCCAGGAAAUAAUAUCGUUAUGGCGCAUUCAUCUUCGUCAUCAAUUGAUAGUGCUGGUGCUAAAAAUGCAAUAUUAAAUGAAAAAAUUUCUUCUAUACCACCAAUAAAUUUAGUUGCAACAAUAUCAUCAACAACAACUGAUAGUGAACUAGAAAGUGAACAAGACGAACGAUAUACUGAUGAUAAUAAUUCCUUAGAAUUAAAUAAUCUUCCAAUACAAAAUCAACAGCAACAACAAUUACAAAGACGAGAUAGUGGUCAACAAAAAACGGAUGGUAAUUCAUCCGAUCAAUUAUCACGACGUGUAAAACAUUUUCAAAAAUUAUUUAAAUCAGAAAUAGCAGAAGAAGAUAUGCCUGAAUUAAUUGAUUCGUAUGUUUGUGCAUAUCAAGGAGAUAUUUUACUGCAAGGUAAAAUGUAUAUAACUGAUCGUUAUCUUUGUUUUCAUUCACGUAUAAUAUCUUAUGUAACAAAACAUGUUUAUCGUUGGGAACAAAUUGAAAAUGUAACAAAAGAACGUGUCGCAUUUAUAUUUCCAACAGCGAUUGGUAUACAAAUUAAGCCGUCAGGCAAAAAGAUAAUUUAUGCUUCAUUUCUUCAACGUGAUCAAGCAUAUGAUAAAAUAAUAUCGAUAUGUGCACGUUUUAAUAAUGAUACAAUUUCAAAUCAAGAUGAUGAUGAAAAUCGUCUAACACAAGGUGGAACAUUAAAACCAACAAAUAGUAUAAAAAAUAAAAAAUCUAAACACAAUAAUACUUAUGAAAUACCUGACGGAUCAGAACACGAUAAUGUUCUUCAAAUGUGUUUAGGACAAGAUAAAACAAAUAAUAAUAAUAAUAACAAUAAUAAUAAACAACGAUUACAAUCUAAUUCUUCAAAAUUUAGUAAUGAUAAACAACAGCAACGAACCAAAAAAAUAUUUAAUUCAGAUAAAAAGAAAUCGGCUCUUAAAAAUUCAAAUAACGAACAAGAUUUAUCUAUUGACCCAAAUUACAAUAUAUCUCAAAAUAAUGAAUCAAAUCGAACAUCACGUCAUAGUAAAAAUCAACAAAAACAAACUGAUACAAUAUUAAAUGAUGAUUCUGAAGUAUAUCAGCAAUCUCAUAAUAAUAUCUUAUCCAAUACGCAUCAAAGUCAUAGUCAUGAUCGAGCAUUAUCCACUACAUAUCCAUCAAAUACAUCCUCAAAUAUUAUAUCAAAUAAUGAUUUAUCAAUUAUUAAUUCUCAUAAUAAUGGAAUCUUAAUAAAAUAUCCUCGUAUAAUUAUUUUAUCUAUUAUAUCUAUUAUAAAAUUAAUUAUUGAAUAUUUAUUAUUAGUAUUUAAUCAAUUAAAAACUUAUCCAAUAAAAACAUCAUUUAUACUUUUAAUAUUUGUAUUAAUAUUAAUAAUUCAUUCAUUUUAUUUAAUUACACUUGCAUAUCGAAUAGAAAAUCGUUUGCAAUCAUUACAUCAUUUAUGGCCAUCAACAUCUUCAAUAAAAAAUUCAUUACCAUCAUCAUCAUCAUCAUCAAAAGAACUCUAA